AUGAGAAAGGCUAUGGAAACCUUUAAGGAAGUUUUUGUUACUAAACGAAAUGAUGUCAAUUCUAAUAAAGAUCGUCUAUUACUACUUACAACUAAAACUAAAGUUUUUCUACUUCAAACAUUUGAAAAGGUUUAUAGGAAUCUUAGAAAAAGCGAAAGCAUUCAGACCGCUAAAAGAGAAUAUCGAUUUCGUCUUACAGGUUUGAACAUUAUGCCAAACAAGAAACAAAUGCCAUUAGGGUUUAGUAGUAAUCAUAUACCAUCAAGAGAUGAAUGCAACUAUUGCAGCAUGCUUUUAAAUAUUUCAAUUCAGAACCCUAUUAAUAUCAAGGAUCUUGUAGAAGGUAAUCAAGAAUCUAAAGGUCGAAAGAAGACAAAAGAUACUGAUGCAAAAAAUUUGUCUUCAGAAGAUGAUAUCCUUACACAGUUAGAAAAGGAUGGAAGCGUAUUAAAUAGGGUCGAAGAGGCUUGUAAUAUAGCUUUGAAUAAAUUUUUAAAAGCCUAA